AGAAAAUGGUGGCUGGACGUCGGCGCAUGCGUAAGUAUUUUACUAUACCCAGAAAGUGAGGCGUCCCUGGUAGUGGCGCAUUGUUAAAUGAGUAACAUUUGUAACGCUCGUGACUGUUGGAUUUCGCUGUGUGAUUUGACUAUAACUGCCGCAUGUAAAGAUGUUUGGCUUUCAUAAGCCGAAGAUGUACCGCAGCCUCGAUGGAUGUUGCAUCUGCAGGGCAAAAUCCUCCAGCUCUCGGUUCACUGACAGCAAACGAUAUGAGAGAGACUUCCAAAGCUGUUUUGGUUUAGGUGAGACUCGCUCAGGUGAAAUCUGUAAUGCUUGCGUCCUGCUGGUAAAACGCUGGAAGAAGCUUCCUGUCGGUUCCAAGAAGAACUGGAAUCAUGUGGUUGAUGCACGAGGGGGGCCCAGUCUGAAAACUACAGUAAAAUCAAAGAAAAUCAAAUCCCUGUCCAGACGGAUAAGACCGAACCAGAUCAGCCGGCUUCAGAAAGAACUAAAAAGACACAAUUCUGAUGCUCACAGCACCACCUCCAGUGCCAGCCCCGCCCAGUCACCCAGCUACAGUAACCAAUCAGAUGAAGGCUCUGACUCUGAGUUGGCUUCUGGCUCUGCCCGCUCACCAGUCUUUUCCUUCUUGGACCUGACAUACUGGAAAAGGCAGCGGGUAUGCUGUGGCAUCAUCUAUAAAGGUCGCUUUGGGGAGGUGCUGAUUGACCCUCAUCUUUACAAGCCCUGCUGUCAGAAAAAACAGGAGCAAGAGCAGGAGGAAGAGGAUGAGGAAGAGGACGAGGGCGACCUUGAGAAGGAGGAGGUGCAGAGCAGUAAAGAAAUGAUUUCUUCCAUUCAACCGCAGUCACCUUUCACUUCUCCCCAAAUCAAAAUGGAGCAAGAAGUGGAUGAGGAGUGGUGAUGAUGUCACAUUCCCAGAGUACUGACCUGGCAUUCUUAGGAAGCCUUCGAGAGUAGGAGGCUUAAUUAUGACCUCAGGCGCUCUUAAAGACAUUCCUUCGGAUUGCCUUCAAUUCAAGAGCAGCUGGAUCCUUGUUUGUCUUUUCAUCUUCCUUUCUUUCUUUUUUGUUUAGAAUUUGUCUCUUUUUUUCAGUUCCUUUGCUGUCGAAUCAGUUUGCUGUUGUUUUAUUUAUCAAACUUAACUGGUGUCCAUGUGUUCCAGAGCCUGGUGCCAUGCUAUUUCAGUGAGGAUUUUGUCUACUCCUUUCUUUUUUCUUUUUUUUUUUUUUUUUUUUUUUUAGACCAGUAAAACGAGUUUCCUUUUUUUCCUUCAUCCAGCUCAAACACAAAAUGCUGGAUCUACAUACAUCAUACAGAGAAAUGUAGUGAACAGACUUGGAUAGUGACCACAACCCAUAUGCUGUAACUAUUGUACCCAAGGCGCUCUAUCACCAUUGUGCCCUUCCUCUGGGGUGGCUGUCUGUGCAGUUAGUUAGUCUACAGUAUUCUAGCAAAAUUAAGAUGGCAAUGUUCUACCAUUUUGCUGGGAUAGAGCCAUACUAUUAUAGGGAAGCCUUUGAUCCUUGCUUUGCCUUUUCUACAUGUAUAAAUUAUUUUUAAUUUGUGCAAGUCUUUCUCUGUAUUGUUAUGGCCUGCCCUCUUCCAUUUUUCUCUGGGUUUGGACUUAAGCUAAACGCUUAACUCUGAUAAGACAGCAUUUCUGUGUUGUUGAGAUGGACUGGGCAUGGCCAAACAAAAUGAUGCCUGGCUAUCAACACUCUUGUAUUCAACGUCCUAAUGUAAAUAUUUUUUUUUGGACAAGAUCAGUGUCAAGCAUGAACGCUAAGGAAACUAUUGUCUUGAUGGGAAUCUGCAUGAAUUUUGCAUGGCCUUCUAAGAAGUUCAAGAUUAUUUCAUUUUUAAAACCUUUUGUUUUGCAACCAUGUUUGCAACAUUAAUAAUUUGGGCAAAUUUUGAGAUGGUCUGAAUAUUUAUUUUUGUAGAUAAAUAAAAGAACAAAAAAUAAAAUCAGAAUUUAAUUGCAAUGUGACCUUUUAAGAUUUCAGUGUUUAAAUAUUACAGGGAUUGCAUUUUUUAUUUUAAUUUUAUUAUUAUUUUUAAAGAAUUGGAUAGUUUCAAUAUAGUCUCAUUCAAAGCCAAAAAGCCCAAUGUUUUUGCUAUUUAUUGUCAACUUGUAUACAUGUGUUCAUAUACCUCCUCUCGCUCUGCCUUUAAUACAGUGUACUCUCAUUGACAGAUACUACUUCAAUUUUUUUUAGGUCAUAAAAGGGUUAAACAUAUGGUCUAAUUGUUUUAGUCAUUGUUCCUUUUCUUGGUUUGGUUUGAUGUGAAUUUUUUUGUUUGUUUGUUUGCAUUUUUUCUUCAGGGAAAACAUGAUAAUAUACAUUUUUAUGUUUUUUUUUUUUUUUUUUAUUGGAAUACUGAAAGGCUAAA